AUGUAUCGCGCCACCGCUCUCGUCGUCCUCUUCGUGGCCGCGGCCGGCUUCGCAGCCGCUGCCGACGCCCCGGCACCCGGACCCAACGCCAAGACUGAGCAAACGGCGCCGAUCCAUUCUCCAGCGAAAUCCCCCACCACGGCUCCCACCCCCGCCAGCUCCCCGGCUACCUCCGCGGUCUCCGGCCCCGCCAACGCUCCCGCUCCCGCAACCGCGGCGCCCGCGAAUGCUCCGGGUCCCGCUGCUGCGGCACCAACGACCACCACCUCGCCAUCAUCCUCACCCGCCGCGGCGCCGGGCCCCAAUACCUUGGAUGACGAAGAUGACAUCCCGACUGAUGGCCCCAUCCCCGGAAGCCCCCCAGAGCCGUCCGUCGCCGCUUCCCCUGAGGAUGAUCUGAGCCCGACGGCGACGACUAGCAGCGCGGGAGCUUCUUUGGCAGCCGGCACCGCCUUCGGCGCACUCUCCGCCGUUCUGGUGGCCGUCUUGGCUUUCUAA